UGUUUUAUUGAUGGGAGGUGUGACUGUGCUUGUAUUUAAUGUUUUAUAGAUCAGAGGUGUGACCGUGCUUGUGUUUAAUGUUUUAUAGAUCAGAGGUGUGACUGUGCUUGUAUUUAAUGUUUUAUAGAUCAGAGGUGUGACCGUGCUUGUGUUUAAUGUUUUAUAGAUCAGAGGUGUGACCGUGCUGUUGUUAAUGUUUUAUAGAUCAGAGGUGUGACGUGCUUGUGUUUUAAUGUUUUUAUAGAUCAGAGGUUGUGACCGUGCUUGUGUUUAAUGUUUUAUAGAGGGAGGUGGUGACCGUGUCUUGUGUUUAAUGUUUUAUAGAUCAGAGGUGUGACCGUGCUGUGUUUAAUGUUUUAUAGAUCAGAGGUGUGACUGUGCUUGUAUUUAAUGUUUUAUAGAUCAGAGGUGUGACCGUGCUUGUGUUUAAUGUUUUAGAUUGGAGGUGUGACCGUGCUUGUGUUUAAUGUUUUAUAGAUCGGAGGUGUGGCCGUGACCGUGCUUGUGUUUAAUGUUUUAUAGAUGGGAGGUGUGACUGUGCUUGUGUUUAAUGUUUUAUAGAUCAGAGGUGUGGCCGUGACCGUGCUUGUGUUUAAUGUUUUAUAGAUGGGAGGUGUGACUGUGCUUGUGUUGAAUGUUUUAUAGAUCAGAGGUGUGACCGUGCUUGUGUUUAAUGUUUUAUAUUGUGUUUCCUUGUGUCUGUACAUUGUGUUUUUUAUGGUCUUCCCAGGUUACUCUGUGACCACCCUGAGUGAUGGACAGGCAGAAUAUUUUGUUGCCGGGGCUCCUCGCUCAAACCACUCUGGCCAGGUCAUCGUCUACACUGUCACACCCUCAAAACAAGUCACUGUCAUGGACUCUGAACGUGGGAAACAGGUACUACUGUCAUGAAAAUGAAAUCUAUUCAGUUGAGUUUUCCUUAUUCAGAUUUGUGCUGUGGGAAGCUCUCCCAACCCUAACAAUAACCAAUUGAGAUUACUUGCCUACUUAAAGGGGGGCUAAACCUCCUAAUUUAGCCUAGUUUUUCAGUCAUUAAGAAAUACAGCGGCCAUCGCUGAAGCCAAACAGCAGUUAAAGUGGUGGUGCUUGCCUACGGAGCUGUGAGGGGAACGGCACCUCCGUACCUUCAGGCUCUGAUCAGUCCCUACACCCAAACGAGGGCAUUGCGUUCAUCUACCUCUGGCCUGCUGGCCCCCCUAACUCUGCGGAAGCACAGUUCCCGCUCAGCCCAGUCAAAACUGUUCGCUGCUCUGGCACCCCAAUGGUGGAACAAGCUCCCUCACGACGCCAGGACAGCGGAGUCACUCACCACCUUCCGGAGACACUUGAAACCCCACCUCUUUAAGGAAUACCUGGGAUAGUAUAAAGUAAUCCCCUUUACCCCACCCCAAAGAAAAAAUAAAAAAAAAAGAAAAAAAAACAUAUUGUAAAGUGGUUGUCCCACUGGCUAUAAGGUGAAUGCACCAAUUUGUAAGUCGCUCUGGAUAAGAGCGUCUGCUAAAUGACGUAAAUGUAAAUGUAAAGUCACUCACCCUUCUAGAUAACUUGACACAGUCUAACCAGGUCUUGUGUCUUUAAGUCUUUCACCAAUUAGCUUUGGCCAGCUGGUGUGCGACCGUGGCAAAGUUGGUUUGACAUUAGAUAGCCUAUCUCUGGGGCUAGUUUGGGAUUGUCAAUACACAGGUAAACUGACAAAAUAAUGGAAACACUUGAGUAAAUGAGGGAUACAAAGUAUAUUGAAAGCAGGUGCUUUCACACAGGUAUUGUUCCUGAGUUAAUUAAGCAAUUAACAUCCCAUCAUGCUUAGGGUCAUGUAUAAAAAUGCAAGCCAUUAUUUUGGCCACCAUGGGCUAUGCCCCCAUAGGAUGACAAUGCCCCCAUCCACAGGGCACGAGUGGUCACUGAAUGGUUUGAUGAGCAUCAAAACUAUGUAAACCAUAUGCCCUGGGCCGUCUCAGUCACCAGAGCUCAACCCAAUUGAACACUUAUGGGAGAUUCUGGAGCGGCGCCAGAGGCAGUGUUUUCCACCACCAUCAACGAAACACCUAAUGAUGGAAUUUCUUGUGGAAGAAUGGUGUCACAUCCCUCCAAUAGAGUUCCAGACACUUGUAGAAUCUAUGCCAAGGUGCAUUGAAGCUGUUCUGGCCAGUGGUCACCCAACCAACGCCCUAUUAAGACACUUUUAUGUUGGUGUUUCCUUUAUUUUGACAGUGACCUGGAUUUCACAAUGUAAAUGGAACAGUGUUUUCAUAUUGUACAUCUUUUAGUUGUCUCAUUAAAUGCUUUAACUAUUUGUACUAUCUUCUCGCAAAUCUCCGUUUUGAACAAGACUGACUUAAUGAGCAAAAUUAUUCUAUUUACACGUUGUAGUUAAUUUCGGUACUAGAAUAAAUGUUUCUGGCUCACAUCAACAAGCAAAAAGGUGUGAAUGGGUCAACUCACUUCCUUUUUAUUGAUUGUUUACUGCGUCAGGGAUAGCGUACACAGAUGUUUCACCUUCGCAGCGUUCUUCAGUGUGUAGGUACCACACUUUUUAAACCCUGUAAUCAUAGUCAAGUACGUGAAUAAUAAUAAGCCAUUUAGAAGACGCUUUUAUCCAAAGCGACUUACAGUCACGUGCGCGCAUACAUUUUUACGUAUGGGUGGUCCCGUGGAUCGAACCCACUACCCCUGGCGUUACAAGCGCCUUGCUCUACCAAUUGAGCUACAGAGGACCACAGAUGUAAGGGACAUACUGUGUAACCACAAAGGUGCUGGAUGCUGACCUAGACAGGUGCUGCUGUGCAAUGCAUUAUGUGACAUGUCUAUUUCUCUUCAUAAAACAAAUGAACCUUGUCUUUUGCCACUGUACACGUCGAGCUUCAUCUGUUGGGUGUUGGUGCUCUCUGUCCCUCUAGAUCGGCUCCUACUUCGGCAGUGUGCUGUGUCCCCUGGACGUGGACAACGACGGUACGUCAGACAUCUUGCUGGUCGGAGCUCCCAUGUUCAUGAACGACCUGAAGAGGGAACAGGGGAGGGUCUACCUUUUCUCCAUUACCAAGGUAACGUGACGCAAGUUGCUGAAAUCCACCUCACACCAACCAUACUAUGAUAUUUCCUUUCCAGCACGGUUCCAGCCACUAUAGCGGAUGCAUAACCAGGCCAGCGCAGUACAGCUCAGCUCCAUUUAGCUCAAUAGUGUGAAAACGGUAUCUGUGUGUUCUCAAAGUAACUUACAUUUACAUUUUAGUCAUUUAGCAGGCACUCUUCUCCAGAUCGACUUACAGGAGCAAUUAGCGUUAAGUGCCUUGCUCAAGGGCACAUCGACAGAUUGUUCACCUAGUCGGCUCUGGGAUAUAAACCUUUCGGUUACUGGCACAACGCUCUAAACCGCUAGGCUACCUGCCGCCCUGAAGUCUGAAGAGACUGUCCUUCUCUCUCUGUAUGUUCUCAGGGUAUUUCAAAUCAAAUCAAAUCAAAUCAAAUUUUAUUGGUCACAUGCGCCGAAUACAACAGGUGCAGACAUUACAGUGAAAUGCUUACUUACAGCCCUUAACCAACAGUGCAUUUAUUUUAAACAAAAAAGUAAGAAUAAAACAACAACAAAAAAAGUGUUGAGAAAAAAAGAGCAGAAGUAAAAUAAAGUGACAGUAGGGAGGCUAUAUAUACAGUAAAAUAAAGUGACAGUAGGGAGGCUAUAUAUACAGGGGGGUACCGUUGCAGAGUCAAUGUGCGGGGGCACCGGCUAGUUGAGGUAGUUGAGGUAAUAUGUACAUGUGGGUAGAGUUAAAGUGACUAUGCAUAAAUACUUACUUAACAGAGUAGCAGCAGCGUAAAAAGGAUGGGGUGGGGGGGCAGUGCAAAUAGUCCGGGUAGCCAUGAUUAGCUGUUCAGGAGUCUUAUGGCUUGGGGGUAGAAGCUGUUGAGAAGUCUUUUGGACCUAGACUUGGCACUCCGGUACCGCUUGCCGUGCGGUAGCAGAGAGAACAGUCUAUGACUAGGGUGGCUGGAGUCUUUGACAAUUUUGAGGGCCUUCCUCUGACACCGCCUGGUAUAGAGGUCCUGGAUGGCAGGGGGCUUUGCCCCAGUGAUGUACUGGGCCGUACGCACUACCCUCUGUAGUGCCUUGCGGUCAGAGGCCAAGCAGUUGCCAUACCAGGCGGUGAUACAACCAGUCAGGAUGCUCUCGAUGGUGCAGCUGUAGAAUUUUUUGAGGAUCUGAGGACCCAUGCCAAAUCUUUUUAGUCUCCUGAGGGGGAAUAGGCUUUGUCGUGCCCUCUUCACGACUGUCUUGGUGUGUUUGGACCAUGAUAGUUCGUUGGUGAUGUGGACACCAAGGAACUUGAAGCUCUCAACCUGUUCCACUACAGCCCCGUCGAUGAGAAUGGGGGCGUGCUCAGUCCUCUUUUUUUUCCUGUAGUCCACAAUCAUCUCCUUUGUCUUGGUCACGUUGAGGGAGAGGUUGUUGUCCUGGCACCACACGGCCAGAUCUCUGACCUCCUCCCUAUAGGCUGUCUCAUCGUUGUCGGUGAUCAGGCCUACCACUGUUGUGUCGUCGGCAAACUUAAUGAUGGUGUUGGAGUCGUGCCUGGCCAUGCAGUCAUGGGUGAACAGAGAGUACAGGAGGGGACUGAGCACGCACCCCUGAGGGGCCCCCGUGUUGAGGAUCAGUGUGGCAGAUGUGUUGUUACCUACCCUUACCACCUGGGGGCGGCCCGUCAGGAAGUCCAGGAUUGAAGUCCAGGAUUUAACUCUUUCUCUCUGUAUGUUCUCAGGGUAUCUACCUCUCUCUCUCUGUAUGUUCUCAGGGUAUCUACCUCUCUCUCUGUAUGUUCUCAGGGUAUCUACCUCUCUCUCUCUGUAUGUUCUCAGGGUAUCUACCUCUCUCUCUGUAUGUUCUCAGGGUAUCUACCCCUCUCUCUCUCUGUAUGUUCUCAGGGUAUCUACCUCUCUCUGUAUGUUCUCAGGGUAUCUACCUCUCUCUCUCUGUAUGUUCUCAGGGUAUCUACCUCUCUCUCUGUAUGUUCUCAGGGUAUCUACCUCUCUCUCUCUGUAUGUUCUCAGGGUAUCUACCUCUCUCUCUGUAUGUUCUCAGGGUAUCUACCUCUCUCUCUUAUGUACAGGGUUCUCUCUCUGUAUGUUCUCAGGGUAUCUACCUCUCUCUGUAUGUUCUCAGGGUAUCUACCUCUCUCUCUGUCACGAUCGUCUAGGAGUGAAGGAGACCAAAGCGCAGCGCGUUGAACGAACAUGACUUUAAUUGAAAAAGCACCGAAAUACAAAACAAAAGACGACUCGUGAAGUCCACAGUACAACGACUGAAACACGGAACAAUAACCCACAAUGCCCACAAGAACACAUACAGAAUAAAUAUGGCUCCCAAUCAGAGAUAACGAGCCGACAGCUGACACUCGUUACCUCCGAUUGGGAGUCAUAUGACUAAUCAACAUAAAACCCAAACAUAGAAAUGAAACAACUAGAUCCCACAUAGAAAUACACCCAAAAGAAAAUGACAACCCUGGCUCACAACUAAGAGUCCCGGAGCCAGAACGUCACAGUACCCCCCCCUAAAGGCGCGGACUGCGACCGCGCCUCACAACCCCACAAUAGGGGAGGGCUGGGUGGGUGUUGCUCCCCGGAGGCGGUUCCGGCUCCGGGCUUGACCACCACCCCACUAUAGUUACUACCCGCUUUCUUAACCUCCUCCCAAUGACCACCCUCCACUUAAACCCACCUGGAUUAAUGGGCAGCACCGGACUAAGAGGCAGCACCAGGCUAAGGGACAGCACCGGACUAAGGGGCAGCACUGGACUAAGGGGCAGCACCUGACUAAAUGGCGGAUCCUGGCUGGCUGGCUCUGGCGGAUCCUGGCUGGACGGCUCUGGCGGAUCCUGGCUGGACGGCUCUGGCGGAUCCUGGCUGGACGGCUCAUGGCUGGCUGACGGAUCUGGCUGCUCAUGGCUGGCUGACGGAUCUGGCUGCUCAUGGCUGGCUGACGGAUCUGGCCACUCAUGGCUGGCGGAAGGCUCUGGCUGAUCCCGUCUGGCGGAAGGCUCUGGCUGCUCCUGUCUGGCGGAAGGCUCUGGCUGAUCCGGUCUGACGGAAGGCUCUGGCUGCUCCUGUCUGGCGGAAGGCACUGGCUGAUCCUGUCUGGCGGAAGGCUCUGGCUGAUCCUGUCUGGCGGAAGGCUCUGGCUGAUCCUGUCUGGCGGAAGGCUCUGGCUGAUCCUGUCUGGCGGAAGGCUCUGGCUGAUCCUGUCUGGCGGAAGGCUCUGGCUGAUCCUGUCUGGCGGAGAGCUCUAGCGGCUCCGGUCUGGCGGACGGCUCUGAAGGCUCAUGGCAGACGGGCGGCUUUGCAGGCUCAGUACAGACGGGCAGUUCAGACGGCGUUGGGCAGACGGACAGUUCAGACGGCGUUGGGCAGACGGGCAGUUCAGACGGCAUUGGGCAGACGGGCAUUUCAGGCGCCGUUGGGCAGACGGGCAGUUCAGACGGCGUUGGGCAGACGGGCAGUUCAGACGGCGUUGGGCAGACGGGCAGUUCAGGCGCCGUUGGGCAGACGGGCAGUUCAGACGGCGUUGGGCAGACGGGCAGUUCAGACGGCGUUGGGCAGACGGACAGUUCAGGCCCCGUUGGGCAGACGGCAGACUCUGGCGUCUGAGGCGCACCGUAGGCCUGGUGCGUGGUGCCGGAACUGGAGGUACCGGGCUGAGGACACGCAUCUCAGGGCUAGUGCGGGGAGAAGCAACAGGGCAUGCUUGGCCCUGGGGACGCACCGUAGGCCUGAUGCGUGGUGCCGGAACUGGAGGUACCGGGCUGAGGACACGCAUCUCAGGGCUAGUGCGGGAAGCAGCAACAGGGCAUGCUUGGCCCUGGGGACGCACAUAAGGCCUAGUGCGGAGAGCAGCAACAGGGCAUGCUGGACCCUGGGGACGCACAUAAGGCCUAGUGCGGAGAGCAGGAACAGGCCGGGCUGGGCUGGCGACGCGCACCGUAUCCCUGGUGCGAGAGGCCGGAACAGGCCGGGCCGGGCUGGCGAAGCGCACCGUAUCCCUGGUGCGUGGAGUAGGAACAGGCCGGGCUGGGCUGGCGACGCGCACCGUAUCCCUGGUGCGAGUGGCCGGAACAGGCCGGGCCGGGCUGGCGAAGCGCACCGUAUCCCUGGUGCGUGGAGUAGGAACAGGCCGGGCUGAGCUGGCGACGCGCACCGUAUCCCUGGUGCGAGUGGCCGGAACAGGCCGGGCCGGGCUGGCGAAGCGCACCCUAUCCCUGGUGCGUGGAGCAGGAACAGGCCGGGCUGGGCUGGCGACGCGCACCGCAUCCCUGGUGCGAGUGGCCGGAACAGGCCGGGUCGGGCUGGCGUAGCACACCGUGGACCUGGUGCUUGGAGUAGGAACAGGCCGGUCCGUACCGGGAACACACACCACUGGCCUCAACCGAGGAUCAGGAACGGGCCGGACCGGACUGGCAACACACAUCAGUCCUUCACGCCGUGCCACAAACACUUCCCUCCCUCUACUCGCCAAUGGCUCCCGUACUCCGUUAGCCUUCUCUCCUUUUCUCCCUGUGGCAGCCUCCUGCUGCCCAGCCGCCCAAGCCAUGUGCCCCCCCCAAAAAACUUUUUGGGGUUGCCUCCCGUCCUUCCGACGAUGGCCCUGCCGAUGCCGUUGCUCCUCUCCUGCCAGGUUCUCCCCCUUCAUCGCCCUCCGGUACCGGACGGCCUCCUCCUGGGUAAUAUGUCCCCAGCCGAGGAGGACAUCCACCAACGUUCUCUCCUGACCCGGCGCCUCCUCCCAUGUCCAGACCCUUUGCUCCUGGACGCGCUGCUUGGUCCUUUUGUGGUGGGUUAUUCUGUCACGAUCGUCUAGGAGUGAAGGAGACCAAAGCGCAGCGCGUUGAACGAACAUGACUUUAAUUGAAAAAGCACCGAAAUACAAAACAAAAGACGACUCGUGAAGUCCACAGUACAACGACUGAAACACGGAACAAUAACCCACAAUGCCCACAAGAACACAUACAGAAUAAAUAUGGCUCCCAAUCAGAGAUAACGAGCCGACAGCUGACACUCGUUACCUCCGAUUGGGAGUCAUAUGACUAAUCAACAUAAAACCCAAACAUAGAAAUGAAACAACUAGAUCCCACAUAGAAAUACACCCAAAAGAAAAUGACAACCCUGGCUCACAACUAAGAGUCCCGGAGCCAGAACGUCACACUCUCUCUGUAUGUUCUCAGGGUAUCUACCUCUCUCUCUGUAUGUUCUCAGGGUAUCUACCUCUCUCUCUCUGUAUGUUCUCAGGGUAUCUACCUCUCUCUCUCUGUAUGUUCUCAGGGUAUCUACCUCUCUCUCUGUAUGUUCUCAGGGUAUCUACCUCUCUCUCUCUGUAUGUUCUCAGGGUAUCUACCUCUCUCUCUCUGUAUGUUCUCAGGGUAUCUACCUCUCUCUCUGUAUGUUCUCAGGGUAUCUACCUCUCUCUCUGUAUGUUCUCAGGGUAUCUACCUCUCUCUGUAUGUUCUCAGGGUAUACUGAGUGAGCAGGGCUUCUUGGUUGGUCUGAGCCCAGGGGAGAAUGCCCGUUUUGGGACGGCCAUCUCUGCUGUGCCCGACCUGGACCAGGAUGGCUUCUGUGACGUGGUGGUCGGGGCGCCGCUGGAGGACUCAGGGAGGGGCGUGGUCUAUGUCUACAACGGAGAUAAGAAGACGCUCCACAAACAACACUCACAGGUAGGGGUGGAGGAUUCUGGGAACUUUCCCCAAAUUCCUUGUUUUUUUAAAGAAUCUCAGAUGGAUGAUUCCUGGAAUCAGAUGUGAACAAGCAGGGAGGGAAUCCUCCUACUUGGAGUUCUGAAAGAGCUGGGACAGUUGGGAAAGUUAGGAAAAUAAAUAAAGUAAUUCUGAUGUUCACUCUUGGUUUUGAUAUUGAAGGAUUAAAAUGUUUCCUUUUUAGCCCCACAAAUAUUAGAAUUAGAUUUGUUCCUGCUUUAUAGUGAACCAAUUCAAUAAAUAUGGCACUUUCCAAAACAAAACAGUUAAUCCACUCUCAUAGAUCAUCAUAUAAUGAUAACAUCCUAAAAUGUGGGAAGGGGAAUGAAGGGGUGAUGGAGUGCAUUUCUUAACAUUGACAUAAAGGGGGAGGCUAUAUAUACAGGGGUUACCGGUGCAGAGUCAAUGUGAAAUAACAGUAGGGAGGCUAUAUAUACAGGGGGAUACCGGUGCAGAGUCAAUGUGCGGGGGCACCGGCUAGUUGAGGUAGUUGAGGUAAUAUGUACAUGUGGGUAGAGUUAAAGUGACUAUGCAUAAAUAAUUAACAGAGUAGCAGCAGCGUAAAAAGAUGGGGUGGGGAUGGGGGUGAGGGGGCAAUGCAAAUAGUCCGGGUAGCCAUGAUUAGCUGUUCAGGAGUCUUAUGGCUUGGGGGUAGAAGCUGUUGAGAAGUAUUUUGGACCUAGACUUGGCACUCCGGUACCGCUUGCCGUGCGGUAGCAGAGAGAACAGUCUAUGACUAGGGUGGCUGGAGUCUUUGACAAUUUUGAGGGCCUUCCUCUGACACCGCCUGGUAUAGAGGUCCUGGAUGGCAGGAAGCUUGGCCCCAGUGAUGUACUGGGCCGUAGGCACUACCCUCUGUAGUGCCUUGCGGUCGGAGGCCGAGCAGUUGCCAUACCAGGCGGUGAUGCAACCAGUCAGGAUAAUAAUAUAAUAUAAUAAUAUGCCAUUUAGCAGACGCUUUUAUCCAAAGCGACUUACAGUCAUGCGUGCAUACAUUUUAUUUUUAUUUUUUAUUUUUUGGGGGGUAUGGGUGGUCCCGGGGAUCAAACCCACUACCUUGGCGUUCCAAGCGCCGUGCUCUACCAGCUGAGCUACAGAGGACCACUAUGCUGUCGAUGGUGCAGCUGUAGAACCUUUUGAGGAUCUGAGGACCCAUGCCAAAUCUUUUCAGUCUCCUGAGGGGGAAUAGGCUUUGUCGUGCCCUCUUCACGACUGUCUUGGUGUGUUUGGACCUUGAUAGUUCAUUGGUGAUGUGGACACCAAGGAACUUGAAGCUCUCAACCUGUUCCACUACAGCCCCGUCGGUGAGAAUGGGGGCGUGCUCAGUCCUCUUUUUUUUCCUGUAGUCCACAAUCAUCUCCUUUGUCUUGGUCACGUUGAGGGAGAGGUUGUUGUCCUGGCACCACACGGUCAGGUCUCUCACCUCCUCCCUAUAGGCUGUAUCAUCGUUGUCUGUGAUCAGGCCUACCACUGUUGUGUCGUCGGCAAACUUAAUGAUGAUGUCGGAAUCGUGCCUGGCCAUGCAGUCAUGGGUGAACAUGGAGUACAGGAGGGGACUGAGCACGCACCCCUGAGGGGCCCCCGUGUUGAGGAUCAGUGUGGCAGAUGUGUUGUAACCUACCCUUACCACCUGGGGGCGGCCCGUCAGGAAGUCCAGGAUCCAGUUGCAGAGGGAGGUGUUUAGUCCCAGGAUCCUUAGCUUAGUGAUGAGCUUUGAGGGCACUAUGAUGUUGAAUGCUGAGCUGUAGUCAAUGAAUAGCAUUCUCACGUAGGUGUUCCUCUUGUCAAGGUGGGAAAGGGCAGUGUGGAGUGCAAUAGAGAUUGCAUCAUCUGUAGAUCUGUUGGGGCGGUAUGCAAAUUGGAGUGGGUCUAGGGUUUAUGGGAUAAUGGUGUUGAUGUGAGCCAUGACCAGCCUUUCAAAGCACUUCAUGGCUACAGAUGUCAGUGCUACGGGUCGAUAGUAAUUUAGGCAGGUUAUCUUAGUGUCCUUGGGCACGGGGACUAUGGUGGUCUGCUUGAAACAUGUUGGUAUUACAGACUCAGUCAGGGACAUGUUGAAAAUGUCAGUGAAGACACUUGCCAGUUGGUCAGCUCAUGCUCGGAGUACACGUCCUGGUAAUCCAUCUGGCCCUGCAGCCUUGUGAAUGUCUUCUAUAUGCCAUAUCUUUCUAACUGUGCUCUUUCACAAAAGCUCCCAACCUACAACCUAUAUACUUAUUAUGGACACAGUAUGCUUACAUUAUUAGCUAUCUUUGUUAUUAUUUCUUGUUAGUUGUUAUUAGUCCCAUCCUUCAACUCUAUCCAAUACCUCCCAUCCAUCUCUUAACACCAUCCAUAUAGGAUUUCUAUUUGCCAUAUAUAUUUCAACCGUACUGUGAUGGUUUACAAAAGUUCUGAACCUUUCUAUUCUCAUUGCUUCUACAGAUUGUAUUAUUAUAUUAUUGAUCGAUUGACUAUGACUUUUCAGAUCACCCAGUAAUGCUAUCUGCAAGGUUAGCUCCAGGUAAAUAUUGCAAUCCUUUAGCCAUUCCUGGACCUGUGUCCAAAAACAAGCUACAAAUGGACAGAACCAAAACAAGUGAUCUAAUGAUUCUGUCUCUUCACAGCAAAAUCUGCAGGGCUGGGAAUAUUGUAUCCCCCAUAUAAAUAACAUUCUAUUGGUAGCAAGAAUUUUAUAUAAUAAUUUAAAUAGAAAGAUUCUAAUUUUUGAACCCGGUGUUGUUUUGCGUGUCAGUUCAAAAACACUAUGCCAUGGGAUCGGUACGUCAAAGAUCUCUUCCCAACUAUUUUGCAAUCUAUAUGGGACGGCUGUCAAUCCUUUGGUCCUUAAGUGAAACUGAUAUACUUUUUUAUUUAUCACAAUUAUGUUCUUUAAUGGAAGGCCGACAGACAAGUUCCUUACUUUCUCCCCCUUCCACUUUCCUCUUCCAUUUUUGCGGUAAGGCUGCAAUUAUUUGGUUGUAAUUUUGGGUAGAGCAGACAUUUCCAUAUGUUUUUGUUAGCUGCAUGUGCGACAUAACUCCACCAGUCCUACCGAUGAUAUCAUUUACGAAGAUUAUACCUUUUUUAAACAUUCUGUCAAAAAAUAAAGUUUUUUUGUCAAUUAGUAUAUUUGAAUUUAACCACAAUAUUUGUUGCAUUAUUUGUUCUGUCGUUUCUGGAGGAUUAAAUUGAAAUUGCAACCAACUUUCUAUGGCUUGUUUUAGAAAUAGUGAUAUUUGGGAGAUUAUUUCCUUUUCAAAUAACUGCAAAUGAGUUGUUGUAAUCUGAAUAAAGGGACAAAGGCCUUUCUUAAACAUUGGGUGAGACAAUCUUACUAAUUUGCUUGAGAACCAGUUCGGAUUUAAGUAUAACUUUUGUAUGACUGAAGCUUUUAGUGAUAGGUCUAAUGAUUUAAUAUUUAAUAAUUUCUGUCCUCCGAAUUCAUAUUCAUUAUAUAAAUAUGCCCUUUUAAUUUUGUCUGGCUCGCCGUUCCAAAUAAAAUUGAAUAUUUUUUUCUCAUAUAAUUUAAAAAAAAUGUUCGCUAGGCGUAGGCAAGACCAUAAGCAAAUAGGUAAACUGGGAUAAUACUAAAGAGUUAAUCAGGGUGAUUUUUCCAUAAAUUGAGAGGUAUUUUCCUUUCCAUGGUAGUAAGAUCUUAUCUAUUUUUGCUAACUUUCUAUUAACAUUUAUUGAAGUGAGAUCAUUUAUUUCCUUUGGGAUAUGUAUUCCGAGUAUAUCCACAUCACCAUCAGACCAUUUUAUUGGUAAACUACAUGGUAAUGUAAAAAUUGUAUUUUUUAGUGAUCCAAUACGUAAUAUAGUACAUUUGUCAUAAUUUGGUUGUAAUCCAGAGAGGUUAGAAAAUGUAUCUAGAUCAUCUAUGAGGCUGUGGAGGGAUUCUAGUUGUGGAUUUAAAAGAAAACAUGAAUCAUCAGCGUACAAUGACACCUUUGUUUUUAAGCCCUGGAUUUCUAAUCCUCUGAUAUUAUUAUUGGAUCUGAUUUUAAUAGCUAACAUCUCGAUGGCCACAAUAAAUAGAUAUGCCGAUAGUGGACAACCUUGUUUCACUCCUCUUGACAGUUUAAAACUUUCUGAGAAAUAGCCAUUAUUUACUAUUUUACACCUAGGGUUACUAUACAUGAUUUUGACCCAUUUUAUAAGAGAUUCUCCAAAAUUGAAAUGCUCCAGGCAUUUAUAUAUAAACCCCAGUCGAACUUUAUCAAAUGCCUUUUCGAAGUCUGCUAUGAAUAGCAGGCCUGGUUUCCCAUAUUUUCCAUAGUGUUUUAUUGUUUCCAAUACUUGCCUUAUAUUAUCUCCAAUGUAUCUUCCAUGUAAAAAACCUUAGAAUGAAUAAUAUCCGACAAUACCUUUUUAAUUCUAUGCGCUAUACAUUUUGCUAGGAUUUUUGCAUCACAACACUGAAGUGUAAGGGGCCUCCAAUUUUGUAAAUGGACUGGAUCUUUAUAUUUUCCACUGGCAUCCUGUUUCAGUAAUAAUGAGAUCAGACCUUCUUCUUGAGUGUCAGAUAAUCUACCAUUUACAUAGGAGUGGUUAAAACAUGCUAAUAACGGUCCUCUUAGUAUAUCAAAAAAGGUUUGGUAUACCUCGACUGGUAUGCCAUCCAACCCUGGAGUUUUCCCAGACUUAAAGUCUUUAAUUGCAUCCAGAAGUUCCUCCUCUGUAAUUUCACCUUCACAUGAGUCUUUCUGUGUGGCUGUUAAUUUGACAUUAUCAAUAGAAAAAAAAUCUCUACAAUUAGCUUCAGUUGGAGGCGACUGAAAAGAAAACAUAUGCUUAAAGUACUUUGUUUCUUCUUUCAAAAUAUCAUUUGGUUUAUUAUGGGUGACACCGUCAAUUGUAACCAGUUUCAUUAAGUUAUUUUUGGUAGCAUUCCUAUGUUGAAGAUUAUCCAGUUUGCUUUAUUUUAAUAAUAUAUUACACUUGAUCUUUCUUGAAUAAGUUUCUCCAUUUCUUUUUGUUUUUCCUCUAAUUUAUUCUGAACCUCUAUGUUACAGUUUUUAUUGCCAUCUAUCUGUUCUGUUAGACUUUCUAUUUCCUUUCUUAGUAUAAACUCUUUUGACCUAAAUUGCUUUUGUUUUCGAGAUGAAUACUGAAUUGCAUGGCCUCUAAAGGCACAUUUAAAAGUGUCCCAUACAAUAUGGGGAUUCGCUGUACCUAUGUUAGGUUGGAAAAAGUCAGUUAUAAAUUCCUUUGUUCUAAUUAUAAAUAAAUUAUCAUCCAAUAGGCUUUGAUUAAAUUUCCAAUAUCCUCGCCCAUGUGGAAAUUCAGUAAGAGUAAAAUAUAUGCCUAUUAUAUGAUGGUCCGACCGCAUUCUGUCCCCUAUCAACACUUUUUUUUUACUUUUGGUGCCAACGAGAAUGAGAUAAGAAAGAAGUCAAGACGACUAGCUUGAUUCAGUCUCCGCCAUGAAUAUCUCACUAGAUCAGUAUAUUUAAGCCUCCAUAUAUCUACUAGUUCUAAUGUAUCCAUGACAUUCACAAUUUCCUUAAGAGCAUGUGGGUGAUUGUUUGUGGUGUGAUUUCCUUUACGGUCCAUUGAGCUAUUUAAAACAGUAUUAUAAUCCCCCACCAUAAUAAUAUUGUCUUGAAUUGUCUUAAUUGCUUGCAGGGUUGAUAAUUUAUUAUAUAUAUAUAUUGUCAAAUAAUUGUGGAUAAUCAUGAUUUGGUCCAUAAAGGUUAAUGAGCCAUAUCUGUUUAUGGACCAAUAACAUAUUUAAAAUAAUCCAUCUACCUUGCGUAUCUAUUUGGACAAUUUGCAUUAUCUGAUUGUUAUUAUCAGCUAAGCCAUUACAAUUACAGUGGGGAAAAAAAGUAUUUAGUCAGCCACCAAUUGUGCAUGUUCUCCCACUUGAAAAGAUGAGAGAGGCCUGUAAUUUUCAUCAUAGGUACACGUCAACUAUGACAGACAAAUUAAGAAAAAAAUAAACAGAAAAUCACAUUGUAGGAUUUUUAAUGAAUUUAUUUUGCAAAUUAUGGUGGAAAAUAAGUAUUUGGUCACCUACAAACAAGCAAGAUUUCUGGCUCUCACAGACCUGUAACUUCUUCUUUAAGAGGCUCCUCUGUCUUCCACUCGUUACCUGUAUUAAUGGAACCUGUUUGAACUUGUUAUCAGUAUAAAAGACACCUGUCCACAACCUCAAACAGUCACACUCCAAACUCCACUAUGGCCAAGACCAAAGAGCUGUCAAAGGACACCAGAAACAAAAUUGUAGACCUGCACCAGGCUGGGAAGACUGAAUCUGCAAUAGGUAAGCAGCUUGGUUUGAAGAAAUCAACUGUGGGAGCAAUUAUUAGGAAAUGGAAGACAUACAAGACCACUGAUAAUCUCCCUCGAUCUGGGGCUCCACGCAAGAUCUCACCCCGUGGGGUCAAAAUGAUCACAAGAACGGUGAGCAAAAAUCCCAGAACCACACGGGGGGACCUAGUGAAUGACCUGCAGAGAGCUGGGACCAAAGUAACAAAGCCUACCAUCAGUAACACACUACGCCGCCAGGGACUCAAAUCCUGCAGUGCCAGACGUGUCCCCCUGCUUAAGCCAGUACGUGUCCAGGCCCGUCUGAAGUUUGCUAGAGUGCAUUUGGAUGAUCCAGAAGAGGAUUGGGAGAAUGUCAUAUGGUCAGAUGAAACCAAAAUAGAACUUUUUGGUAAAAACUCAACUCGUCGUGUUUGGAGGACAAAUAAUGCUGAGUUGCAUCCAAAGAACACCAUACCUACUGUGAAGCAUGGAGGUGGAACCAUCAUGCUUUGGGGCUGUUUUUCUGCAAAGGGACCAGGACGACUGAUCCGUGUAAAGGAAAGAAUGAAUGGGGCCAUGUAUCGUGAGAUUUUGAGUGAAAACCUCCUUCCAUCAGCAAGGGCAUUGAAGAUGAAACGUGGCUGGGUCUUUCAGCAUGACAAUGAUCCCAAACACACUGCCCGGGCAACGAAGGAGUGGCUUCGUAAGAAGCAUUUUAAGGUCCUGGAGAGGCCUAGCCAGUCUCCAGAUCUCAACCCCAUAGAAAAUCUUUGGAGGGAGUUGAAAGUCUGUGUUGCCCAGCGACAGCCCCAAAACAUCACUGCUCUAGAGGAGAUCUGCAUGGAGGAAUGGGCCAAAAUACCAGCAACAGUGUGUGAAAACCAUGUGAAGACUUACAGAAAACGUUUGACCUGUGUCAUUGCCAACAAAGGGUAUAUAACAAAGUAUUGAGAAACUUUUGUUAUUGACAAAAUACUUAUUUUCCACCAUAAUUUGCAAAUAAAUUCAUAAAAAACCCUACAAUGUGAUUUUCUGGAUUUCUUUUUCUCAUUUUGUCUGUCAUAGUUGACGUGUACCUAUGAUGAAAAUUACAGGCCUCUCUCAUCUUUUUAAGUGGGAGAACUUGCACAAUUGGUGGCUGACUAAAUACUUUUUUCCCCACUGUAUAACUGGCUAUACUUAUUUCACCAUACACCAUAAUGAGAUACAAGUUUCAAGUCUAUUUAUCAUUAUAUAUGUUUGUAAAUUUACCAAUAAAAAAUACCGUAAUUAUUGAGUGUCCAUAUAGCUGUACCAUGAUAUUUGCAUUGCUAUGGAGUAACCCUUCAAUUGUUCUCCACUAAUUCCCCCGCUAAAGCCCCUCCCCAUCCCAAGUUGAGCCGUCAUCUCAGUGAUCAGCAUCCCACCCACGUCCCUCCGGAUCCCUAAUGCCCCGAGAGGCCAGGACCCAUCCAACGAAAACAGCACACAGUGCCACCCACAAAACAGAAGCAGAUUAACCGCCAAAAGCAUUUCCAAUACUUUCACCUCUAUAUAUAUAUCUAUAUAACAAUUUUUAAAAAAUUAUGCAUAUCCUAUUUUCCAUUAUUAUCAAUUAAUAUGCGUAAUAAUGUCGGCAGUUCACGCGUAGGAUUCUAACAUAUAACCCAGAUUGCCAUUGUAUUACAUUUAAUUCAUUGACAAGCAAUUAUUAUCCUAGCAAAUAAUUCCUGUGUUCCAUCCCAUACCCCCCCCCUCCAACAUCCCCACCCCCCCACAACAGACGCCAGACAAGCACACACGCACAUAUUCACAUACUCCAACACACUCAACCCCCCUCCUCCACAAUCCACCAUAAAAUCAGACACUUAACGGCUGUUAUAUCCCAGAGCCCAACUCGAGAAAUAACCUGAUUACAGAAAUAACCUGAACCACAUACAGUUAAAGCUGAUUGAAAAAGCAUGCAGAUUGAGCAGAAAUUGAUAACAAUGUGAGAUUUGAUUAAUCUACUUAAUCUAUGUCAAGUCCUAGGUGAUGGAGAUCAGAUCCACCCUCUUCACCUGAGACACAAACACUGAUCCCCUGUUGUAACCAUUCUCCCAAGCAUCUCCGUGCGGUCAGACCUUUGAUUAUUUUGUGCCACCUGGGCCACAAUGAUAAACCCCCUCUCUGAUUGUCCAAGUGUGACCCCCUCCACAUGGGUUACUGCAGCCAGUGUUGCUAGCACUGCCACAACCUGCUUAAAAGUCUUACUCACAUUGGCUACGGAGAGCAUGAUCACAUAGUCAUCCGGAACAGCUGGUGCUCUCAUGCAUGCUUCAGUGUUGUUUGCCUCAAAGCGAGCAAAGAAGUGGUUUAGCUCGUCUGGAAGUCUUGUGUCACUGGGCAGCUCGCGGCUUUUUUUCCCUUUGUAGUCUGUAAUAGUUUUCAAGCCCUGCCACAUCCGACGAGCAUCAGAGCCGGUGUAGUACGAUUCAAUCGUCGGAGGGCAUAGCGGGAUUUCUCCUUGAAAGCGGCAGCUCUACCCUUUAGCUCAGUGUGGAUGUUGCCUGUAAUCCAUGGCUUCUGGUUGUUGUGUCAGUCUGUGCUAGCAAAACAGUCCUGUAGCUUAGCAUCUGCGUCAUCUGACCACUUUUUUAUUAACCGAGUCACUGGUGCUUCCUGCUUUAGUUUUUGCUUAUAAGCAGGAAUCAGGAGGAUAGAGUUAUGGUCAGAUUUGCCAAAUGGAGGGCAAGGGAGAGCUUUGUACGCGUCUCUGUGUGUGGAGUAAAGGUGGUCUAGAGCCUAAACAAGUGUGUGUUUCUUUCGCCUCCAGAUUACUCUCUGUCCCUAACACUAAAACUUAAACUAAAUAAAUAUCAACAAAAUGUUUUUAUCAAACUGAAACAAAAAAAAGAGUAAAUCAAGUCUAAAAACUAACUGAAACUAAACUGAAUUUUAACAGGUUGCUUUAUCGACCUCUCAGACAGUAGAAAAUGAUGUAACACUUCCUGCAUUUUCUUUAUGUAAAAUGAUCUGGUCUUAUCUUUGAGUUCAUCAAUGAAUUUAGGAUUUAGCAAUAAUGAAUUGUUUAGCCUCCUUCGAGUGAGGGAGAGAGAGAGAGAGAGAGAGAGAGAGAGAGAGAGAGAGAGAGAGAGAGAGAGAGAGAGAGAGAGAGAGAGAGAGACAGACAGACAGACAGACAGACAGACAGACAGACAGACAGACAGACAGAGAGAGAGAGAGAGAAGAGCAGAGAGAGAGAGAGAGAGAGACGAGAGAGAGACCAGAGAGAGAGAGAGAGAGAGAGAGAGAGAGAGAGAGAGAGAGAGAGAGAGAGACAGACAGACAGACAGACAGACAGACAGACAGACAGACAGACAGACAGACAGACAGACAGACAGACAGACAGACAAGACAGACGACAGACAGACAGACAGACAGAGAGAGAGAGAGAGAGAGAGAGAGAGAGAGAGAGAGAGAGAGAGAGAGAGAGAGAGAGAGAGAGAGAGAGAGAGAGAGAGAGAGAGAGAGAGAGAGAGAGAGAGAGGACCAGGGUCAUGAUUCAAAUAAAAUAAAAUGUAAUUGUCACGUGCUUGGUAAACAACAGGUGUAGACUAACAGUGAAACUAGAAAUAAUAGAAAAGUCAAAACACUAGGAGUAAAUACACAAUGAGGAAUGAUAACUUGGCUAUAUACACAGGGUACCAGUAUCGAGUCGAUGUGCAGCGGUACGAGAUAAUUAAGGUAGAUAUGGAAAUAUGGGAAGGGGUAAAGUGACUAAGCAACAGGAUAGAUAAUAGACAGUAGCAGCAGUAUACUGUAGGUAGGGGUAAAGUGACUAGACAACAGGAUAGAUAAUAGACAGUAGCAGCAGUAUACUGUAGGUAGGGUAAAGUGACUAGGCAACAGGAUAGAUAAUAGACAGUAGCAGCAGUAUACUGUAGGUAGGGGUAAAGGGACUAGACAACAGGAUAGAUAAUAGACAGUAGCAGCAGUAUACUGUAGGUAGGGGUAAAGGGACUAGACAACAGGAUAGAUAAUAGACAGUAGCAGCAGUAUACUGUAGGUAGGGGUAAAGGGACUAGACAACAGGAUAGAUAAUAGACAGUAGCAGCAGCGUAUGCACUGAAUCAAAAGAGUUAGUGGGAAAAGGGUCAAUGCAGAUAGUCCGGCUAGCUAUUGGUUAACUAUUUAGCAGUCUAAUGGCUUGGGGGUAGAAUCUGUUCAGGGUCCAGCUGGUUCCAAACUUGGUGCAUCAGUACCGCUUGCCAUGCAGCAGCAGAGAGAACAGUCUAUGGCUUGGGUGGCUGGAGAAUUUGACAAUUUGAAGGGCCUUCCUCUGACACAGCCUGGUAUAGAGGUGCAGCUGUAGAACUUUUUUUGAGGAUCUGAGUUCCCAUGCCGAAUCGUUUCAGCCUCCUGAUGGGGAAGAGGCGGUGGCGUGCCCUCUCCACUGCCAUGUUGGUGUGAGCGGACCAUGAUCAUUCCUUAGUGACGUGGACACAGAGGAACCACUCCACCACAGACCCCGUUGAUGUCAUAACACCCCCCCCCCCCCCCCCCCCCCCCCCCAAUACAGGAAGCAGUUAGGUGAUUUUUUUUGUUUGUUUCCUAUCCUAGAGAAUCCUUGGGUCGAAGUUUGACUUUAUGAUGCAGUAUUUUGGGCGGUCUCUGGACGGCUAUGGGGACAUGAAUGACGACACCAUACCUGAUAUCUCCGUUGGGGCUCAUGGGAAGGUGAUCCAGCUCUGGUGAGUUCAACCAUCAUUGCACUGGAGGGUAGCCUGCUCUCAGAUCUGUUUGUACUGUCUUGCCCAACUCCUAUGGUCAUUGUCACGCCAAAUAAGACAGCACAAACAGAUCUGGAACCAGGCUACUGGAAGGGUCAUGAGAUCUUGUGAAUUUUGACUUGACUCUUGAAUCUUGACGCUUUGGAGCCAAGUUCCAACGAUAAUGAUAUUUGGUGACUAUUUCAAAUUGGGCAUUUCGGCAUCAUUUAAGAUAUCUCAGAUUAGAAGCUAGAAAUAAGAUUUUCUAAGUCAAUUAACUGUUCUUCGAUGGCUUGUGUGCUUACCAACAACACAAGCUCCAAAUAAUGAUUCCUCUUUCAAGGAACGAGACAGGGCUGUCCACUCUUGCCUCUGCUAUUCACGUUAAAGCUAAGUGAUCUGUUUUUCCUUAGGUCUCGAGGACUGGCUGCGGUGACGGCCAAGGCUUCUUUCUCCCCUGAUAAAAUCAACAUCCUGAGUAAGCCUUGCUUGAUAAACGGACAGAAGCUCUCCUGUUUCAAGACGGACAUCUGCUUCAGCGCAACAUUUAGACCAAUGAACCCUGUGGGACCCCUAAGUAAGACUGAUGUACUAUACUCUUAUGCACUCUACUCUACUCUACUAUAUUCUACUCUACUCUACUCUACUCUACUCUAAUGUACUAUACUCUAAUGUACUUUACUCUACUCAAAUGUACUCUACUCUUCUCUUCUGUACUCUACUCUAAUGUACUCUAAUGUACUCUACUCUACUCUAAUGUACUCUACUCUAAUGUACUUUACUCAACUCUAAUGUACUCUACUCUAAUGUACUUUACUCAAAUGUACUUUACUCUACUCUAAUGUACUCUACUCUACUCUAAUGUACUCUACUCUACUCUAAUGUACUCUACUCUACUCUAAUGUACUCUAUUCUACUCUAAUGUACUCUGCUCUACUCUAAUGUACUCUAAUCUAAUGUACUCUACUCUACUCUAAUGUACUCUACUCUAAUGUACUUUACUCAAAUGUACUUUACUCUACUCUAAUGUACUCUACUCUACUCUAAUGUACUUUACUCUACUCUAAUGUACUCUACUCUACUCUAAUGUACUCUACUCUACUCUAAUGUACUCUACUCUAAUGUACUCUACUCUAAUGUACUUUACUCAACUCUAAUGUACUCUACUCUAAUGUACUUUACUCAAAUGUACUCUACUCUACUCUAAUGUACUCUACUCUAAUGUACUCUACUCUACUCUAAUGUACUCUACUCGAAUGUGCUCUACUCUAAUGUACUCUACUAAAAUGUACUUUACUCUUCUCUACUCAAAUGUACUCUACUCUACUCUAAUGUACUCUACUCUAAUGUACUCUACUCUACUCUAAUGUACUCUACUCUAAUGUACUUUACUCAACUCUAAUGUACUCUACUCUAAUGUACUUUACUCUACUCUAAUGUACUCUACUCUACUCUAAUGUACUCUACUCUACUCUAAUGUACUCUACUCGAAUGUGCUCUACUCUAAUGUACUCUACUAAAAUGUACUUUACUCUUCUCUACUCAAAUGUACUCUACUCUACUCUAAUGUACUCUACUCUACUCUACUCUAAUGUACUAUACUCUACUCUACUCUGCUCUGCUCUACUAUAAGGUUGAUAUAUAUAAGGUUGAUGUACUCUACUACUCUAUGUGUUUGGGCCACCAUCGCUGAGUUUAUUUAUCGCUGAUGUUUUCACUAGUAACUAUCUUCAUUUCUUGAUGCUUUUGGUAACACUUUAUAUUAAGUUGUGCUUGCUUAUAAGUACAGUACAGCGCCUUCAGAAAGUAUUCAUGUGCCUUGACUUAUUCCACAUGUUGUCUUACGGCCUGAAUUCAAAAUGGAUUCAAUUAUGUUUUUCUCACCCAUCUACACACAAUACCACAUAAUGACAAAGUGAAAACAUGCUUAUAAGAAAUGUUUGCAAAUUUAUUGAAAAUGAAAUACAGAAAUAUCUCAUUUACAUAAGUAUUCACACCCCUGAGUCAAUACUUUGUAGAAGCACCUUUGGCAGCAAUUACAGCUGUGAGUCUUUCUGGGUAAGUCUAUAAGAGCUUUCCACACCUGGAUUGUGCAACAUUAUUUACACAAUUUUGUCAGUUUGGUUGUUUAUCAUUGCUAGACAACCAUUUUCAGGUCUUGCCAUAGAUCUACAAGUAGAUUUAAGUCAAAACUGUGACUUGGCCACUCAGAAACAUUCACUGUCUUCUUGGUAAGUAACUCCAGUGUAUAUUUGGCCUUGUGUUUUAGGUUAUUGUCCUGCUGAAAUGUGAAUUCCUCUCCCAGUGUCUGGUGGAAAUCAGACUGAACCAGGUUUUCCUCUAGGAUUUUGCUUGUGCUUAACUCCAUUCCAUUUCUUUUUUAUCCUGAAAAACUCCCCAGUACUUAACGAUUACAAGCAUACCCAUAACAUGAUGCAUCCACCACCAUGCUUGAAAGUAUGGAGAGUGGUACUCAGUAACAACAUUUUGUGCAGUAUUACUUUAGUGCCUUGUUACAAACAGGAUUCAUGUUUUGGAAUAGUUUUAUCCUCAUUAUUCUCCAAUCACAGCCAUUAAACUCUGUAACUGUUUUAAAGUCACCAUUGGCCUCAUGGUGAAAUCUCGGAGAAGUUUCCAACCUCUCCGGCAACUGAGUUAGGAAGGAUGCCUGUAUCUUUGUAGUGACUGGGUGUAUUUUGUAAGUCGCUCUGGAUAAGAGCGUCUGCUAAAUGACGUAAAUGUAAAAAAAAAAGUAAAUGUAUUGAUACAACAUGCAAAGUGUAAUUAAUAACAUUUACAUUUUUUACAUUUAAGUCAUUUAGCAGACGCUCUUAUCCAGAGCGACUUACAGGAGCAAUUAGGGUUAAGUGCCUUGCUCAAGGGCACAUUUACGUCAUUUAGUAGACGCUCUAGUCCAGAGCGACUCACAAAUUGAUGCAUUCACCCUAUAGCCAGUGGGAUAACCACUUUACUAUUUUUUUUUUUUGGGGGGGGGGGGGGGGGGGGGUAGAAGGAUUACUUUAUCCUAUCCCAGGUAUUCCUUAAAGAGGUGGGGUUUCAAAUGUCUCCGGAAGGUGGUGAGUGACUCCGCUGUGGGGGGGGGGGGGUAGAAGGAUUACUUUAUCCUAUCCCAGGUAUUCCUUAAAGAGGUGGUAAGCACAUUUUUACUCCUGAACUUAUUUAGGCUUGCCAUAAAAAAAGGGGUUGAAUACUUAUUGACUCAAGACAUUUCAGCUUUUCAUUUUAAAUUAAUCAGAAUUUUUUUCAACAAACAGAAUUCCACUUUGACUUUAUGGGGUAUUGUGUGUCGGCCAGUGACAAAAAAAUCUCAAUUUAAUCCAUUUUAAAUUGAGUCUGUAACAAAAUCUGGAGAAAGUCAAGGGGUGUAAUACUUUCUGAAGGCACUAUAUUAUACUAUGUUAGUUACCAGAAUGUCUGAAAAUAAGAUCCAUAUUCUAUAUAUUCCCAAACUAAGCACCCUAAGAUGGCUGUUUCCCUACAGCUGUCAAAUACAACCUAACUCUGGAUGCUGACCUGCAGUCGUCCCGGGUCAACUCACGAGGCCUGUUCAGUCAGAACCGUGAACGACUCCUCUCUGGAAACAUUCAGAUAUCAUCAUCCACCCCUGUUUGCCACAAUUACCAAGUUUACGUUCAGGUGAAGACAAAGGUUAAAGGGGUGAUAAUAUAACCAUGUGCAUAAAACUCCAAUAUUCCAUAGUUUUGCUGUUUAAAAGUAUAUUAACCUUUGGGGUAGGCUAUCCAUUUACAGUAUUCAGAGUAUAGCUUGCAUUAACAUUUAUUAGCCUAUCACAUCUCGGGGGCAUUGUGAUGAAUCACAAUCACGUGACAAGAGACAAAUACAGUCAUCUCAAUCAUCAUCUUCAAUGUUUUUUUUCAGGAUAGCGCAGACUUUGUGAACUCCAUCAGUCUGCGUGUUGACAUUGGCCUUCAGAACCCAGACGCCAACCCUGUCCUUGAUGUUUUCUCUCAGACUGCAUGGGACUUCUCUGUGAGUUAGCCUCUCUCCUCUCUGUGAGUUAGCCUCUCUCCUCUCUGUGAGUUAGCCUCUCUCCUCUCUGUGAGUUAGCCUCCCUCCUCUCUGUAGGUUAGCCUCUCUCCUCUCUGUGAGUUAGCCUCUCUCCUCUCUGUAGGUUAGCCUCUCUCCUCUCUGUAGGUUAGCCUCUCUCCUCUCUGUGAGUUAGCCUCUCUCCUCUCUGUGAGUUAGCCUCUCUCCUCUCUGUGAGUUAGCCUCUCUCCUCUCUGUGAGUUAGCCUCUCUCCUCUCUGUGAGUUAGCCUCCCUCCUCUCUGUGAGUUAGCCUCUCUCCUCUCUGUGAGUUAGCCUCUCUCCUCUCUGUGAGUUAGCCUCUCUCCUCUCUGUGAGUUAGCCUCUCUCCUCUCUGUGAGUUAGCCUCCCUCCUCUCUGUAGGUUAGCCUCUCUCCUCUCUGUGAGUUAGCCUCUCUCCUCUCUGUAGGUUAGCCUCUCUCCUCUCUGUGAGUUAGCCUCUCUCCUCUCUGUGAGUUAGCCUCUCUCCUCUCUGUGAGUUAGCCUCUCUCCUCUCUGUGAGUUAGCCUCUCUCCUCUCUGUGAGUUAGCCUCUCUCCUCUCUGUAGGUUAGCCUCCCUCCUAUCUGUGAGUUAGCCUCUCUCCUCUCUGUGAGUUAGCCUCUCUCCUAUCUGUGAGUUAGCCUCCCUCCUCUCUGUGAGUUAGCCUCUCUCCUCUCUGUAGGUUAGCCUCUCUCCUCUCUGUAGGUUAGCCUCUCUUCUCUCUGUAGGUUAGCCUCCCUCCUCUCUGUGAGUUAGCCUCUCUCCUCUCUGUGAGUUAGCCUCUCUCCUCUCUGUAGGUUAGCCUCUCUCCUCUCUGUGAGUUAGCCUCUCUCCUCUCUGUGAGUUAGCCUCCCUCCUCUCUGUAGGUUAGCCUCUCUCCUCUCUGUAGGUUACCCUCUCUCCUAUCUGUGAGUUAGCCUCUCUCCUCUCUGUGAGUUAGCCUCUCUCCUCUCUGUGAGUAAGCCUCUCUCCUAUCUGUGAGUUAGCCUCCCUCCUCUCUGUAGGUUAGCCUCUCUCCUCUCUGUGAGUUAGCCUCUCUCCUCUCUGUGAGUUAGCCUCCCUCCUCUCUGUGAGUUAGCCUCUCUCCUCUCUGUGAGUUAGCCUCCCUCCUCUCUGUAGGUUAGCCUCUCUCCUCUCUGUAGGUUACCCUCUCUCCUAUCUGUGAGUUAGCCUCUCUCCUCUCUGUGAGUUAGCCUCUCUCCUCUCUGUGAGUUAGCCUCUCUCCUCUCUGUGAGUUAGCCUAUCUCCUCUCUGUGAGUUAGCCUCUCUCCUCUCUGUGAGUUAGCCUCCCUCCUAUCUGUGAGUUAGCCUCUCUCCUCUCUGUGAGUUAGCCUCUCUCCUCUCUGUAGGUUAGCCUCUCUCCUCUCUGUGAGUUAGCCUCUCUCCUCUCUGUGAGUUAGCCUCCCUCCUCUCUGUAGGUUAGCCUCUCUCCUCUCUGUAGGUUACCCUCUCUCCUAUCUGUGAGUUAGCCUCUCUCCUCUCUGUGAGUUAGCCUCUCUCCUCUCUGUGAGUUAGCCUCUCUCCUCUCUGUGAGUUAGCCUCCCUCCUCUCUGUAGGUUAGCCUCUCUCCUCUCUGUGAGUUAGCCUCUCUCCUCUCUGUGAGUUAGCCUCCCUCCUCUCUGUAGGUUAGCCUCUCUCCUCUCUGUGAGUUAGCCUCUCUCCUCUCUGUGAGUUAGCCUCUCUCCUCUCUGUGAGUUAGCCUCUCUCCUCUCUGUGAGUUAGCCUCCCUCCUCUCUGUAGGUUAGCCUAUCUCCUCUCUGUGAGUUAGCCUCUCUCCUCUCUGUGAGUUAGCCUCCCUCCUCUCUGUAGGUUAGCCUCUCUCCUCUCUGUGAGUUAGCCUCCCUCCUCUCUGUAGGUUAGCCUCUCUCCUCUCUGUGAGUUAGCCUCCCUCCUCUCUGUAGGUUAGCCUCUCUCCUCUCUGUGAGUUAGCCUCCCUCCUCUCUGUGAGUUAGCCUCUCUCCUCUCUGUAGGUUAGCCUCCCUCCUCUCUGUAGGUUAGCCUCUCUCCUCUCUGUGAGUUAGCCUCUCUCCUCUCUGUAGGUUAGCCUCCCUCCUCUCUGUGAGUUAGCCUCUCUCCUCUCUGUGAGUUAGCCUCUCUCCUCUCUGUAGGUUAGCCUCUCUCCUCUCUGUGAGUUAGCCUCCCUCCUCUCUGUGAGUUAGCCUCCCUACUGUCUGUGAGUUAGCCUCCCUCCUCUUUCUCAGCCUCCUUUGUCUCACUCUGUGGGUACAAUCUGUCACUUUCAUUUACGCGUAAACAUGUUUCCCCUGGUCUGCACCUGUUUCUAAAACUGUGGGUGGUGGGUAAUAUCGCAUAUACUGUAUAUUGCUUUUCUAAAACCCAUACGAUUCCGUUGUCCCCAACAGAAGAAAUGCAACUGAAACGCAUUUUAAUUGUGGCCCGUGUGGUCCAGCGGUUACAGCCGCUGACCCCGGUACACAUGGGUUCCACUCCCCCUAACCCUGUCUUUCCAACACGUUAUUAUCUCUUCAAUAAAGCAAACUCAUUAUUACGAAAGGAGCGGGAUGGCCUUAAAGAAAGAAAAAAAAAAAAGAAGCUAUUUAAUUGAGAUUCCACCAGCCGUUUGAAACAUUGGUUAAAUCUGCAAACUAUUGUCCAACGGUGGUCUUCUCUCCAUUCUCUGCGGGUAGCUCCCCUUCGCCAUAGACUGUGGUUCUGAUGGCGUGUGUGUUAGUGAUCUGGUGCUCAGCGUGAAGACGGGGACAGAGGUACCCAGGUGAGUGUUACAUCUAAGGGCGUUCUGCUUACACUGCAAACCAGCAACACGUUUUUGGAUAGUGUUUUCUACGUGGUGUAUGGGCAUGUUUGUGAAUGUCAGCAGCACUGGUGGGGUAGUGUGUGUUUUUGGAUAGUGUUUUCUACGUGGUGUAUGGGCAUGUUAGUGAAUGUCAGCAGCACUGGUGGGGUAGUGUGUGUUUUUGGAUAGUGUUUUCUACGUGGUGUAUGGGCAUGUUAGUGAAUGUCAGCAGCACUGGUGGGGUAGUGUGUGUUUUUGGAUAGUGUUUUCUACGUGGUGUAUGGGCAUGUUAGUGAAUGUCAGCAGCACUGGUGGGGCAGUGUGUGUUUGCGAAGGCAAAAAAAUAAAUCUAAGUCCGUUUUUUUUCUGAUUUUGUUGAGAAUCUUCAGAUGCUCUAUCCAAAUAAAGUGUUACCAAAACGAAUGUCUCAAACGAUACCAUUAUUUAGAUAGAGACCUGUUAAUCAGACGUUCCUUGUAGGCUAAAUCAGGACUAAAUCACAUGGGACAUUAGGGGACUGUGGAAUAAAUCUGUCAUCAUCUUUCCAGCCCUGUAUCCCCUGACAACAAUGACUCUAUUUUAGUCUGUUUUUAUGUGAGCUUGAUUUAAUUAAGAAAGCUUUAACAACUUAAAGCAUUUACGUUUAAACAGAACACAGAACACUCAUAAAGUGUGUGGGACUGUCUGAACACAACAUGGUCUGGAAAUCAGAGUGAGUGAGUGACAUAAGCUCUAUGUUCAACAGCAGUUGAGACUAAAAUGAGAUCCUGACAUUUCAGGAAUUUUUUCUGUACUUCCCAAUUUUUGCAUUCGACACAUUUUGAUCACGUCCGCAAUCCUGUUUCAGCGAGGGGUGUGCAGCUGCUUGUGAUUAUUGUUGAUGCCUUGUAUUUGUAGAGUGAAAGUCCAACUGAAUGAUCAACUCUGAUGUUUUACAGCAGGGGCUCUCCAACCAUGUUCCCCCCUGUAGGUUUUCACUACAACCCCAGUUGUAACUAACCUGUUUUAUCUUAUCAACCAGCUAAUUAUUAGAAUCAAGAUGUGCUAGAUCAGGGUUGGAGUGAAAACUUACAGGACGGCAGCUCUCCAGGAACAGAGUUUGGCAGUUCUCUUGUAGUCAUCUUAUCAUCAUAUUACCAUCUCUCUCUCAAUCUUUUACGUUCAUUAAGUAAUGACUGGUACUUGUUGUCUUGACAGUGCUGGCUCUGUGCUGGUUAGUUGUAACAACAGAGAGAUCUCCUUUGAGGUACUAGUGAAGAACAACAAGGAGAAUGCGUACAGUGCUCAGAUCUUGGUCACAUACUCCAAGAACCUCUUCUAUGCUUCCGUAACAUCUCCAGUGAGUUCUGAAAGACGUAAAAAAAAAUAUCAACAUAGAGUGUAAAACUGUAAAACAGUAUUUGCAGAACCAAUGUACAACUGUAAAAUGAUAUUGACAAAACCAAUGUAAAACAGUGUUGACAGAACCAAAACUCCUGACACUUUAUUUUGUCAUAGUCUGUAUUUGAUAAAGAUCUUAGAUUCUUGGUAAAUAUAUGUAUACUCUAUUCCCUAUUUAGUGCACUACAUUUGGCCUGAAAAGUAGUGCACUGUAUUGAGAAUAGGGUGCUAUUUCGGAUGCAACCUAGCUCUCUUUUAACUGUGUAUUUCAAUGACAGAGUGACGGGAAAGAGGUGAAGUGCACAUCUACGACACAAAGUGGCGAGCUAGCCUGUCAGGUGGGAUACCCUGCCUUAGAGAAGGACCAGGAGGUAAGACUCAUGGCGCUAGCCUGUCAGGUGGGAUACCCUGCCUUAGAGAAGGACCAGGAGGUAAGACUCAGGGCGCUAGCCUGUCAGGUGGGAUACCCUGCCUUAGAGAAGGACCAGGAGGUAAGACUCAUGGUCACAAUGUCCUACAUAAAGAUACAUAUUAUAAGCCUUGUACUAAGACAUUAUGAAGGGUCAUACAUGCAUCAAUAAGUAAGAAAGCAUUACACCUGGAGGCUUUAUGUAAAGUGUUUCAUUUUGUUUUUUUCCAGGUGAAAUUUUGGGUCAACUUUGACUUCAACUUUAACCAUUUGCAGAGCCAAGCAAUAGUUCAUUUUCAGGCCAAAAGGUGUGUGUUGGUUGAAUCAAUAGACCCAGUGCAUUAAAGUUGUAUUCCAAUAUGAAUUCAUGUAUUAUCAUGAUGGUUUCAUCCACAUCCUGUUUUGUCAUCAGUGACGGUAAAGAGGAAAGUCCAGCAGACAAUAGAGUGGAUAUCACCAUUCCUGUUCGUUAUGACGCUGAGAUCAUUAUGACCAGGUAACUUUACUUGUAAAAAUGUUUUAUUAAAUGUCUGGUCCCAUUUGAGUCCACUCGAGGGACCAUUCAGCAGCAUCCCAGGGACCGGUGUUGGUCCCAAAGUCACAGGUUUAGGGGACCAUUGAUUUAUACUGAGGCUAGAGAUUAGCUUACUCCUUCCUCUCUGUCCUCCUCAGGGAAUCCAACAUCAACUUCUAUGUGGUGGAUGAGACCAAGAAGGUGCAGACAAGUGUAAAAACGUUAGAUGACAUUGGGCCUGAGUUUAACUUCUCCCUCAGGGUAAGCUCGUGGGCUAGUGGAAGUCAACUCAUUCUAUAGUGAUGGUGGCCUUCAUGCUGUUCUAAUUAUAUUUGAAUGAUGUUGAAUAAAUGUGUUUUUACGAUCAUUGUAAUGAAUGAUAAUGCAACACUUUAUGAAGGUAUUAUGAAUGUCUAAUGUCUACCCCUUUCAGAACAUUUGAUCUUUUUAUUUUUAUUUUUAUUAUUAUUAUCUUUUUUUUGGGUGGUAGAUCAGCUUAAUGUUUGAGAUAGAUUGUAUCUUCCAUCAAUGCAAUUGUCUGCAUCACUUCCAAUCCCCCAUGUUUUUUAUAUAUAUAUAUACUCCCCUUUAUUACUUUUCAACCCCGCCAUCCUUUCCCUACUUGGGGUAAAUUAGUGAACAACAACGCCCAGGCCUCUACUUCCGGUCUAUACUUACUAUCUACACCUUACGGACAGAGUCAAUUUUACAAUAAUUCUAUUUUAUUGGUUUUUGAACAUUUGAUCUUUGUUCUCCUUCAGAUUUCCACAGGUAACUUCCCAGUCAGGUUGUUGUACCUGACCAUCUCCCUGCCUGUCAGCACGCCAGGGGGGAACCCACUUCUCUACGUCACAGGCCUGAACACACCAACGGUGAAGAAUACAGCCCAUCUUGCUAAAGACUCCAUUGCUAAAACAGCCAUUUUCCUGUCCUACAUUGCGAUGUGAAUUAUAAUUUCCCACACAUCUCCCCAAAAAUGGGCAAAUUUCACUCUUCCCGUUAAUGAUUUAAAUGCAUUGGAUUGUUGUAGGUUAAGCAUUCGCUGGAGAAGGUUUACACCAUUGUUAAUCUAUACCGUUUGGUGGGCAAGUGCCACUUCUGGAAAAAAAGGUUGGGGAGUUGGUAUGCAGUCGAACCUUUGAAGGGUGUGCUGGUAUCCUGCAUGGGGUCUCAGUGAGCUGUGUGUGUGUGUGUUAGUAACUGUGAAGGGUGUGCUGGUCCCCUACAGGGAGGCUCAGUGAGCUGUGACAGUGCCCUGGUCGAUCCACUGAAGAUUGGAGCCAAACCCCACAAAGCCUUUUUCUCCAUGGAGAGCCUCAGAGGCAUCCACAGACUGGUGAGCACACAUAGACAGGCUCCGAUACACACUCUGAUACACACUCUGAUACACACUCUCUGAUACACACUCUCUGAUACACUCUCUGAUACACACUCUCUGAUACACACUCUCUGAUACACUCUCUGAUACACACUCUCUGAUACACACUCUCUGAUACACACUCUCUGAUACACACACUCUGAUACACACUCUCUGAUACACACUCUCUGAUACACACUCUCUGAUACACACACUCUCUGAUACACACUCUCUGAUACACACUCUCUGAUACACACACUCUCUGAUACACACUCUCUGAUACACACACUCUCUGAUACACACUCUCUGAUACACACUCUCUGAUACACAGUCUUUGAUACACACUCUCUGAUACACACUCUCUGAUACACACUCUUUGAUACACACUCUCUGAUACACACUCUCUGAUACACACUCUUUGAUACACACUCUUUGAUACACACUCUCUGAUACACACUCUCUGAUACACACUCUCUGAUACACACUCUCUGAUACACACUCUCUGAUACACACUCUCUGAUACACACUCUCUGAUACACACUCUUUGAUACACACUCUUUGAUACACACUCUCUGAUACACACUCUCUGAUACACACUCUCUGAUACACACUCUCUGAUACACACUCUUUGAUACACACUCUCUGAUACACACUCUCUGAUACACACUCUUUGAUACACACUCUUUGAUACACACUCUCUGAUACACACUCUCUGAUACACACUCUCUGAUACACACUCUCUGAUACACACUCUCUGAUACACACUCUCUGAUUCACAAUCUCUGAUACACACACUCUCUGAUACACACUCUCUGAUACACACACUCUCUGAUACACACUCUCUGAUACACACUCUCUGAUACACACUCUCUGAUACACACACUCUCUGAUACACACACUCUCUGAUACACACUCUCUCUGAUACACACUCUCUGAUACACACUCUCUGAUACACACUCUCUGAUACACACUCUCUGAUACACACUCUCUGAUACACACACACUGAUACACACUCUCUGAUACACAGGACUGUUUUGUCUCCUGUACUCAGGACUGUUAUGUCUCCUGUACUCAGGACUGUUUUGUUUCCUGUCCACAGGACUGUUUUGUCUCCUGUACUCAGGAAUGUUUUGUCUCAUGUCCUCAGGACUGCUGGAACGUGAAGUGCCAGGCGGUCAAAUGCAUCAUUAAAGACAUGAGAGUGAAAGAUGUCUACUUUGUGAACGUCACAACGAGAAUCUGGAAUGGCACUUUCGCUUCUGUAAGAAUAAUCUGAUAUGCACAUGGCUGGAACAUUGUUUCAGCCAAUCCGCAUCCAGGAUACACAUUACCGAUUUUAUCAUGUCUAGUCUACAGUCGUGGUCAAAAGUUUUGAGAAUGACACAAAUAUUAAUUUUCACAAAGUCUGCUGCCUCAGUUUUGAUGAUGGCAAUUUGCAUAUACUCCAGAAUGUUAUGAAGAGUGAUCAGAUGAAUUGCAAUUAAUUGUAAAGUCCCUCUUUGCCAUGAAAAUAAACUUAAUCCCCAAAAAGCAUUUCCACUGCAUUUCAGUCCUGCCACAAAAGGACCAGCUGACAUAAUGUCAGUGAUUCUCUAGUUAACACAGGUGAGAGUGUUGACGAGGACAAGGCUGGAGAUCACUCUGUCAAGCUGAUUGAGUUAGAAUAACAGACUGGAAGCUUUAAAAGAAGGGUGGUGCUUGAAAUCAUUGUUCUUCCUCUGUUAACCAUGGUUACCUGCAAGGAAACAUGUGCCGUCAUCAUUGCUUUGCACAAAAAGGGCUUCACAGGCAAGGAUAUUGCUGCUAGUAAGAUUGCACUUAAAUCAACCAUUUAUUGGAUCAUCAAGAACUUCAAGAAGAGAGGUUCAAUUAUUGUGAAGAAGGCUUCAGGGUGCCCAAGAAAGUCCAGCAAGCGCCAGGACCGUCUCCUAAAGUUGAUUCAGCUGCGGGAUCAGGGCACCACCAGUGCAGAGAUUGCUAACGAAUGGCAGCAGGCAGGUGUGAGUGCAUCUGCACUCACAGUGAGGCGAAGACUUUUGGAGGAUGGCCUGGUGUCAAGAAGGACAGUGAGGAAGCCACUUCUCUCCAGGAAAAACAUAAGGGACAGACUGAUAUUCUGCAAAACAUUUACAUUUUUACAUUUACGUCAUUUAGCAGACGCUCUUAUCCAGAGCGACUUACAAAGGUACAGGGAUUGGACUGCUGAGGACUGGGGUAAAGUCAUUUUCUCUGAUGAAUCCCCUUUCCGAUUGUUUGGGGCAUCCAGAAAAAAGCUUGUCCGGAGAAGACAAGGUGAGUGCUACCAUCAGUCCUGUGUCAUGCCAACAGUAAAGCACCCUGAGACCAUUCAUGUGUGGGGUUGCUUCUCAGCCAAGGGAGUGGGCUCACUCACAAUUUUGCCUAAGAACACAGCCAUGAAUAAAGAAUGGUACCAACACAUCCUCAGAGAGCAACUUCUCCCAACCAUCCAAGAACAGUUUGGUGACGAACAAUGCCUUUUCCAGCAUGAUGGAGCACCUUGCCAUAGGCAGAUAACUAAGUGGCUCGGGGAACAAAAUAUCGACAUUUUGGGUCCAUGGCCAAGAAACUCCCCAGACCUUAAUCCCAUUGAGAACUUGUGGUCAACCCUCAAGAGGCGGGUGGACAAACAAAAACCCACAAAUUCUGACAAACUCCAAGCAUUGAUUCUGCAAGAAUGGGCUGCCAUCAGUCAGGAUGUGGCCCAGAAGUUAAUUGACAGCAUGCCAGGGCGGAUUGCAGAGGUCUUGAAAAAGAAGGGUCAACACUGGAAAUAUUGACUCUUUGCAUAAACUGAAUGUCAUUGUCAAUAAAAGCCUUUGAAACUUAUGGAAUGCUUGUAAUUAUACUUCAGUAUACCAUAGUAACAUCAGACAAAAAUAUCUAAAAACACUGAAGCAGCAAACUUUGUGAAUACCAAUAGUCGUGUCAUUCUCAAAACUUUUGACCACGACUGUAGUCUAGUAGGUAGGCUGUAGUAGGUGUAUGGUAUUAACAAAGUAUGCACUUUACAAUUUCAAUAAUCUAUCAAUAAAUCACAUGUUUUUAGCCCUUUUUUACAGUAACAGUUGUCACUAUGUCCUUUCCCUAUUUUACUUUUACUAUAUUCAUUUUCUGUAUUGAUUAAUCUGUUGCAGGCUAACUGUAUUGAUUGAUCUGUUGCAGGCUAACUGUAUUGAUUGAUCUGUUGCAGGCUAACUGUAUUGAUUGAUCUGUUGCAGGCAACCUUCCAGACUAUUGAGCUGACUGCAAACACAGAGAUAGUCACUUCUCAGCCCGAUCUACUCAUCAUCGCCCACAAGAAGAUGCCGGUAAUAUUUUUUACAUACCCGGUAAACAUUUGCAUUUCCCACAGAUGUGGUAUACCGAUACGUUGGAGACAACUAGCGCUGCUCUUGAGUAUCCAUUUCAUAAUGUGUCUGUCAAAAACAAUAGACUGGUUCCAGAUCUGUUUGUGCUGUCUUGCCAACUCCUGUGGUUAUUCACAAGACAGCACAAACAGAUCUGGGACCAGUCUACACAAACCCUUCCCACAACUCAGCACAGGAUGUUUUAGUCCUACAGGGACCUCUACUGGUCAACAGACGUAUGGCAGCAACACCAGCGGCCUGUCUCUCUCUCUCUCUCUCUCUCAUGUCUGUGGUUGUGUUGUUCUGCCCCUCCAUUAAAUUUGCAUUACAUUACAUUUUAGUCAUUUAACAGACGUUGUUAUCCAGGGCAGUGCAGUCAGUGCCCUCCCAGGCUGGGGUAAGCAGUAACUGUGCUAAGUAAUAAGUAGUAACUGAUGUCAGUAACUGGUUGUGUUGUCUGUUGUCCUGCCCUCUAACCUCUCCCAUCCAGGUGGGGGUGACAGUCAGUAAGUCAGUUACUGUCCUGCCCGCUAACCUCUCCUGUUCAGGUGGGGGUGACAGUCAGUAAGUCAGUUCAUGUCCUGCCCGCUAACCUCUCCCAUCCAGGUGGGGGUGACAGUCAGUAAGUCAGGUGUUGUCCUCUACUCUCCCAUCCAGGUGGGGGUAACAGUCAGUAAACCAGGGGAGACAGCAGAUGUACCUGUGGGGGUGAUCGUGGGCAGUGUGAUCGGAGGUCUGCUCCUACUGGCUCUGGUGGUGCGGCUGCUGUGGAAGGUGAGGAUCAGGGUCCGUAUUCACAGUCUCAGAGUAGGACUGCUGAUCUGGGAUCAGCUUUUCCUUUUUUAGAUCAUAAUGAAAAAGAUGAUAUGGACAGGGGGGACCUGAUCCCAGAUCAGCUAGAUGCAUGGUAAUAGGUGAUGUGUGUCAUUUCAUAGGAUGUCAAAUAAAUGUUCAUCAAAAGAGGCUACCUUAGGACUGAGGACAUUGAUUACUGUGUUCUGCAACAAUCAGAAUUUUCUAGAAAGUCUGUGAUUUCGUUUUUUGGUUUAUAUGUUUUUUUUGUUGUUAAUGAGAUGUACAUUUUCUGUCUCCAGUUUGGCUUCUUCCAGAGAAAGUACAAGCAGCUACAAGAGGUGGCAGGUUACAGAGAGGAGAACGGACGGACAGAU